CGCGGCCCCUCCUCCCGCUUCCGGCUUCGCUUCCCACGACAGCCUCUCCUCUCCCACCCACGACUCCUCGCCAUGGACGGCGGCGGCUACAGCCCGCGCUUCCAGCGCCAGGCCUCGUGCUCCUGCGCACCCUCCAUCUCCCGCCGGGGCUUCGUCCGCGCCGGCUUCGACCUUGACGGCGAUGAGUACGACGACAACUACAUCUUCCACUCCGCCGGCGCCGCCGGGUACGACAAGGCCGACGGCCCUUACUCCUCCGCCUCCGCGUACGACUCCAAGGCGCGCCCGUCCGCGCGCACGAGGCUGAGGGGUCUGUGGCGGCGCAUCAUGCGGGAGAAGAGGCGGAUCCUGCUCUGCACCACCGGCUGCGUGCCGGCGGCGCUGCCGCCGCAUCGGGAGCCGUACGACGAGUACAGCUACGCGCAGAACUUCGACGAUGGCGAGGCGUGGGUGGAGCCGGAGAACCUCUCGCGCUCCUUCUCCGCGCGCUUCGCCGUCCCCUCCAGGGUGCUGCAGAGGGUCGCCGUGUAAGGCUCCAAGAAACCGCUGGCCGGCCGCCGGCGGAUUCUUUUUUUUUCUUUCUUUUUUUUUCCCUCUUUCCAAUUUUGGAGCCGUAAAUUGUGAAAACACAAGCAUCAAUUCCAUCUGCGUAUGCAUUCAGAUUCUCGUGCCAUCAAUGUCUCCAACCAAUUUUCAUUGAUUUUUGCCAAAAUUUUGUACUUUGCCUGCAAAAACCACCACACAUGACACUUAUGGACCACAAUCACAGAAAACAUGUGAAUAGGUUUCACAACGCCAAGUUUGUUUCCUAAACAUGUGAGCAAUUCGU